UAAUAAUAUGACAACCACAAAAUAAAGGUAUUUUAUCCUUGUACUCCUUGAUUACGAUGAUAAAAUUAAACAGUGUAUCAUUUCACCAAGGCUCUACGAUCCCAAUGACGCCAAUUCAACUGACACCCAAGAAAGUCGCCGUAGUUGGCGGCGGCGCAGCCGGCUUAGUGGCGGCUCGAGAGCUUCGAAGAGAAGGUCAUAAGGUGGUCGUGUUCGAGCGUGGGCCCCAGUUGGGUGGGACAUGGGUCUACUCGCCGGAGGUUGAGUCUGACCCACUUGGACUCGACCCAACUCGCAAAAUCGUUCAUUCUAGCCUCUACAGUUCUCUCCGCACUAAUCUUCCUAGAGAAGUUAUGGGUUUUCGUGAUUUCCCCUUUGUUGCUUCUGGAAAGGCGGACAGAGAUUCACGGAGGUUUCCAGGUCAUCAGGAGGUGUUGAGAUAUUUAGAGGACUUUGCUAAUGAGUUUAGGUUACACGAGCUGGUUCGUUAUCAGACAGAGGUGUGUCAUGUUGGUUUGGAGACUGAAGGUAAUUGGAAGGUGAAAUCUAGGAUGCAAGUUGGAAAUGAUGGUAGUGAAUUUGAUGAAACUUAUGAUGCUGUGGUUGUUUGCAACGGACAUUAUACUGAACCACGGAUUGCUGAAAUUCCAGGCAUUGAGCAAUGGCCAGAGAAGCAAAUACAUAGCCACAAUUAUCGUCUUCCUGAGUCCUAUCGGGACCAAGUUAUAGUCCUGAUAGGGAGUUCUGCAAGUGCUGUCGAUAUAUGCAGGGACCUUGCUAAAUUUGCCAAAGAAGUCCAUGUAGUAUCUAGAUCAAAACCAGAAGGAAGUUUCGGAAAGCAGCCUGGUUAUGAUAACUUGUGGCUCCAUCCAAUGAUAGAAAGAGCCCAUGAAGAUGGUAGAGUCACAUUUCAAGAUGGAAGUGCGGUGCUUGCACAAGUCAUUCUCCACUGCACGGGCUACAAGUAUCAUUUCCCUUUUCUUCAUAACAUUGGUGCUGUAAAUGUCGAUGAUAAUCGCGUGGGACCACUGUACAAGCAUGUAUUUCCACCUGCAUUAGCCCCAGGGAUCUCUUUUGUUGGCCUCCCAUGGAAGGUUAUCCCUUUUAUUCUCUGUGAACUUCAAAGUAGGUGGAUAGCAGGUGCUUUAUCAGGUCGGAUAUCCCUCCCGUCAGAAGAGAAGAUGAUGGAAGAUAUAGAAUCUUACUACUCAAAAUUGGAAGCUGCAGGAGUUUCAAAGCAUUAUACUCAUAACAUUGGUGAUCAUCAGUUUGAUUAUGAUGAUUGGCUUGCUACGGAGACUGCUAGCCCUCUCAUCGAGGAAUGGAGAAAGGGAAUGUAUCGUGCAGCUAGCCUCCGCAAGAGAGCUAAACCAGAGACAUACCGUGAUGAAUGGGAUGAUGAAGACUGGAAAUUGCAAGCCUAUGAAGAUUUUAAGCAAUACUUCCCUGUCGAAAGCAGUACUGUGAUUGCCUCUUCGGCACUUUGAUUCAAACUUUGGUACAGGAUUAUUGACUCAAGAUGGUUUAAGUCACACACGUCUUCCCUUGAGAAAAAAUAACCAGCAUUGGCAUCAAAACAUAUACUUAGUACGUACCAGUAUGAAUAUAAAUUUUCCAUACUUGCAUAGAUAAUAAAAUGUUUUUUGCAUUUUUCUGCAA